UUCAGUUCAAACGAAAUUUCAUUCAGAUAGGUGAAUCCUUUUUUUUGAACAGUUGAAUCAAACAUGAAUCUUUUCUACAUUAUUUGGAUGGUACUUUUUGCUUCAUUUUGCAGUAGUCAAGCUGAACCUCAUUCGAAGUCCAUUAUAAACCCUGAUUCUGAGAACACGAUUCGAUGUGAUACGUAUUUGUAUACGCUGACUCACGAAAUACACCAUACUUGGGCUAUACGUCAUUUCAGUAUUUACGAGGAGAAUAGAGCCUGUCAGAUUCAUUCGCCCAAAUUACGUGCUCCCUCAAAUGAUAAUUUUGCAUGGGAUAUUAAAAUCGUGCCUAAUGGAAAAGAUGGGAAAAAUGAGACCAUCUCUCUAUAUGUAUACCUACACAAACAUGAAGCAAUUGCAGACGUCGAUGUAUCGAUCAAAAAUCACAAAAAUGAAACCGUCCAUUCUAUGAAUUUGACGAAAAUAAAAAUGGGAUGGUCGUGUAGUCCUAUUUCGUGGGAAAACUUCUGCAAGAAAGAUGAUGAAUUCAGAACUAAAAUGCUGCAAAACGACACGUUAAAAUUGUCAAUAAAUAUCAGAUGGUUUGAGCCUAAUUACGAAACAGUUCAUAAUAUUUCUCAACAAAAUACAACUAAUUCGUCUCAUCUUGCGUUUGAGAACAGUAUCUUAAAAUUCAAUCUAUUAGAAAACAUCGAAUGGAUACUCCAGAGACGGAAUUUACCUUUGGCGGACAUGAUACUCUCAAGCAAUGCUGGCAAUUACAAAUGUGACAAAUGCAUCGAGAUACAAGUUCACGAAAUUAAAUUUAUCUGGGCUAUUCAUAAUUUCAGCGUUCACGAGACAUUAGGCUAUAGAGAGAUUUUGUCACCCGACAUACGAGCACCGACAACCGAUAAAUAUAUAUGGUACAUUAAACUUACACCUAAUGGAGAUCGCUAUGAAAGUGGUACAGGUGGCUACAUUAGUCUGGAUGUAUACCUAUCCAAAGAAAGUAACGCUACCCAGGCGUUAGCAAAGUACAACAUUUUGAAAAUUAAUCACGAAAAAAAAUUAGUACCCAACGAAAUCGAAAAAUCGAAAGCUGAAAUGUUGCAAGCCGGCAAAAGUAGGUACUGGAAGUACUUCUGCACAAAAAGUUACUCGUUCAGAAAGGAAUUCCUAAAUAAUGAUACGCUAUCUCUGUUCAUCCACAUUAAAUGGAUUUCUGAACCUUUCAAAGUGAAGGUUUCUCACCAGUGUGAUACUUCUUUGCCUGCUGCAACAUCCGAUCCUAAUCUUACCAGAUGCUGUAAUCUUUCUCAAAUUUGGGAAUCAAUGCUGGAAAAUUCGAAAUUUGCCGACGUUGUGUUUACAACGAAUGGCAGCGAGUAUCCGGCUCAUAAAGCUGUAUUGGCCGUUCGUAGCCCAGUUUUCGCCGCCAUGUUUCAAGAAAAAGAACAGAAACAUGGAAAAAAUAAGAACAUCGGAAUAAAAGUCACACACAUGAGUGAAGAAGUACUGCGUGCAAUGCUACGAUAUAUUUACACAGGCAAGUGCGAAAAUUUAAGCGAACUGGCAGAUGAAUUAUUUAUAGCAGCUGUUAAAUAUGAUUUGAAUGAAUUGAGAAAUAUUUGCGAACAAACCCUCUGUAAGACUGUGUCAGCUGAUAAUGCAGCGACCAUGUUGGAAUUUGCAGAAAAGCAUCGUGCUAACGGAUUGAAAUCCAAAGCCAUGGAAUUCAUAGGAAAAGUAUCGGAUCAAAAGUCUAAUACCACCAUCCACCAAUAGCAGAUACGUUUAUCGACAACAAUCAGACAAAAGCCUUACACGAGAUGACCUUCAGGAACGCUGCAAUCAGAUUUGAACUCGACUUCCCCAGAUUAAAAGAGCACGUCCAAAUAUUCCCACAGCCAGGUUUUCAGUUGCUGUAUUUGCUUGAAUUCCAGUCAAGAGUCCUCAAAAUUUUAGGGAUGCGGACUGGAUGAACUUGAUUGGCCUCUAGUACAGCAAGCUCUACUGGAGUGCUUCAAGGAUGUUCCAAUCAUGCUGAGAGUAUGCACUCUACUGCCAGGGCUGCAAACAUGACCCUAUCGUGACAAAAUAAACCCAAAUGUUUGUAACUAGGGUUUCAGGUGUAAUUUAGUUUGUCUAGAUAUGGCCUGAUAAACUCAAAAUAAUUAAUGUAAAUAACUAAAAUAACUGUAAAUAUUGUACUUUUUCAUUUUUCAUUUUUUUAUACUUUUUCUUUUUAUAAUAUCUUUCUUUUUUAUUAAUCCCCAAAAUAUUGAUAUCCAAAAACAAAUAAAAAGUUAUCCAAACAUCCAGAAGUCGCGAUUGAAGACAGUCCUGGAUCAAGAUAGUUAAAAUUGUAUUUAGUAGCCUUAGAUUAGCAUAGAAAAACAUAACAAUCUUCAUUGUGGGCGGUUGGUGAGAAGCAAGCAGCAAGUGCGCUGACCACCCCACAAAUAUCCCAAUGUACUCACGGUCUUUUAACUAGGGGCCCCAACUUGUUGGGAUCACCCCUAGGCGAAAUCACUCCCCCUUCAAACUUCCCCCAGAGACGGGUUGGGGGCCCGGUCCGCUAUCAGACAGGUACGCGUGAGUAACAACUCCUGGAGCUUGGCAGAGAUCGAGCCUUAGGCAACCGCCUAGGGGUCUGGGUCAGGGUGGACGAUCCGUCUCACUCUCCCCCCCCCCAUUCCCCUUCCUGUCCCUCAUCUUAAUCUUGGGGUGAAGGUAUAGAUUAUAUAUAGAAUAGUUAAUAUUAGUAACCCUAAGAUUAAGAUUGUUUUUUCUUUUUAAAUAAGGUGCACCGGGGCAAGUCAGAACGAUUUUUCGCAAUUUCAACUUUGACCAGCUGUUACUCCCCUUCUAAUGAACCAAUAUGGAUCAAAUUUAUUAUGUAGGUUCCCAUAAGGGUUCUUAACCUAUGGUAAAAAUUUGAGCGCGAUUGACACAGUAGCUUUCGCUCAGUGGAAUAAAAUAUAAACUGUCCUGACUUACCCCAAUUGGGGGAAGUCAGAACAGGCUAAACUUUGCAGAGGCGUAGAUCACAAACCGAGCGUCCUAGAAAAAUUGCGUAGAAGCAAAAUUGUAGAGAAUUUAAUUCUCUUUGAGAUCACUCUCAUCAGAUUUUCACUAGGACGCACGGUUCGUCCGCUAUAUGCGAAAAACUAAGAAAUAGAAAGUCUGUAUUUUAGACCAAAUUCAAAAUAAGUUCAAAACAACAACAAAAUACAAUUGAACCAAAGACAUCUAAAAUGAAACUGAAUCGCGAAAAUUUUUAUGCCGUGAUGAAGUAGGGGUAGUACUCUCAAGUCACCUUUAGUGGCACUUCACCAGAUAUAAACCUCUAGGCGCUAGAGCAAGUUUUCUAACUUACCCCGAAUUCCAACUUCCCCCGGUGCACCUUAAAUUAAACCGUUUACCAAAAAAAAAAAAAAAAAACGAGUCCAAUGUAAUAUGUAAGAUUGUAAAUAAGUUAGCCUGUCAGUCUU